UGACAGCGAUGCUAUGCUCUGGCCCAGCAGCUACAGGAGGAGGAGUAAAAUGGACUACAAAGUGAAAGAGUUUAGCGGACUGGCAGGGAAGCAAUCUUACUGCACCACGCGAACAUUACGGUAGGCAUGACGCAGGUGUUUGGAUGACCUGUGCAGCGGUAAAAUUGUGCGGAAGAGGCGACAGAGGUGCAUAAACACACAGACUGCACCGACUAUGACAGGGAGCUGUUGCAAUGCGAACCGGUAAAGGAAGACCAGGUGUUGGUUAUUUCACCUGCCUGUGCUGUUUCUGAUCAUUUUCAUAUCUUUUUUUUUUUUUUGAAUGCUGCUUAAAGAGGAUGAAGGGCUUUUUACUCGGCAUCUGUCUUCUCUGGGCGAUGUUGCUGCGGAGCAACAUGCAAAUUGCUUUACCUGCCACAGAGUUAAACUGCUGUGAAGGGGAUAUUCUCCUUCUGCUGGACUCUUCAGGAAGUGUAGCGAACUACGAGUUCUUUCGCCUGUUGCUCUUCGCCACCGAGCUGCUUCGCCCCUUCUCAUUGGGCCGUGGGCACGUAAGAGUCGGGCUGCUGCAGGUGGGCACAAACCCUAACCUGGAGUUCGACCUGGAUGACCACAACAAUCAGGAAAGUCUGCAGAAAGCGCUGCAGAGUGUCAGCCAGCUGCAGGGAGACACCAAUACAGAGGCGGCGCUCAGGGUGGCCCAGCGGCUUCUGACAAAGACAGACGAGAACGUGCCAAAGAUACUGCUGUGGCUGACUGAUGGUGUGCAGCCUGGAGACGUGGACGAGCCGAUGUCUAAGCUGAAGGCGCAGGGAGUUUCUGUUUUAGCUAUUUCUACAGUACAUGGCAACUACCAGGUGUUAAAACGUGCAGUGACACCUCCACUGGAGUCUCACCUCUACUCGGUGGACAUAGAUAACAUAGACAUCAUCACAGAGGAACUGAGGGACGCCAUUAUCAAAAUUAUUCGUGCUGAACGACUGCAUGUGGUUCACUUGACAUCCCACAGUGCUGUGCUGCAGUGGCGUCCUGUUCUGAGCACAGACAGCGGUUACUAUGAGCUCUGGUACAACCCUAUGUGGAAAACGGACAAUGAAACUAGACUCAAUCUGCCAGGUGACUCUAGCUUGGUAGAGGUGACCAACCUGCAACCUGAUACCACCUACACAGCUGCCCUCCGCCCAGAGUCCAACCAGAAGCUGUUUAACACACUUUAUGUUAACUUCACCACACUUCCUGAUGUUCUAAGCCCGGCAGUGGUCUCCGUGUCAGACUCUGGCCCUCGUCAGAUCCGUGUGAGCUGGGGUCCCCUCCAACUGGCUCGAGUCCAGAGAUAUACUGUGGAGUAUGGAGCUAUUCCAAGCGGGGAUGUCCACACUAUGACAUUACCCAGCCAGCAGAACUCUACCGUACUGACCGGCCUGGAGCCGGGCACUCAGUACCUGGUCACAGUCAGCGCUCUGCAUGUGAAUGGAAAAGAAAGCGCCAUGACUGUAAGGGCAUGCACUCAAGAGGCAUCUCUGCCAGCUCUGGCCGACCUUCAGUUGAGCCUGGUGGAGCGUCAUGAGAUUCAGGUAGCGUGGCAGGCCCAUCAGGAAGGUUUGAAAGGCUACUGGCUGAGCUGGGAGACAGAAAGCUCCCACAGCAUAAAGCCUUCUACGUCCUAUGUCUACCUGCCUCCUACCUCUCGUUCAACACGUCUCAAGCACCUUGCACCAAACAGUCGAGUGUGUGUGUCCCCGGUCUACAGCUCGGGCCGAGGAGACGGGUUGUGCUGCACUGCAGAGAGGCGCACAGAUUCCAGGCAUUGGGGUUAACGACCACAGUCUGCUGCAAUCAGGCAGCUGGAGCAAAAAAGUUGGUGAAGUCGAGCAUUUUGAGUGCUUGAUGAACUAGAUUACUUGCGCAGGACUGAAUAUUAUUAUGAACAUCAUGAUUAUUAUUAUUAUCUAGUUAAAAUUUUCAUCUUGGAAUGAAUUAUGGUGACAGAAAAGGCUUUAUCACAUAACCCCAGCUCUCCGUUCUCACAAUGGCUGAGAAAAAGUGGACAUAAUUAUUCAUCUUUAUCAUAAAUUUGACAGCACCACACAUUUCUUCCGAUAUUUAGUUUCCGACAUUCAGUUAGUCUGACAGGAACAUAAGUGGCUGCAAAGUAUGCAAUUAUUAUUCAUCAUUAUGAUUAUAGCUUACUCUUACAAUGUAAUGUUACAUAACUAUGGGUGUAUUUGCUUGAAAUUGUAUAAAACUGUUCUC